GGAUUACCUGUGGGCAUCUUGUCGUCCGUUUCCUAUCAAAGAUGGACAGACACGCCAAGACUCUGACGUCCUUUGAGGCUUAAACCUACCACAACGAAGCAUCGCCUUCCCCUGCUGAUCGAGGACGGUCAGGGAUGGCGAAGGGACAAGCGGAGGGGAAGAGAUCGGAGCCGGCGAGUCGUUCUAACGAGGCGGUGAAAGCGGUGAAAGGGCUUGCGUGGAGGCUCCCCGUCCUCAAAACCCAGGAUCUCGGGAAGAUCGGCCCCGGUCUUGGAGUUGGCGCUGGCUGCGGCGUCGGCGUUGGUUUCGGUCUUUUUGGAGGUGCGGGGCUAGGGAUAGGAAUGCCUGGCCUACAUUUCGGCGUUGGAGCUGGUGUUGGAUGUGGAAUAGGUCUAGGUUUUGGCUAUGGAGUGGGAAAAGGAGUUGCAUUUGACGAGAACGGAAAAUACACAAAUGUGGGCAAGCUAUUCCAAAGAAAUGUGGCAUCUAAUCAUCAAAUUGGUGCUUUAGUCGAUGAGGUUGUAUUCAAUGCCAAAAGGCUAGUUCAAGCUACUUCGAAAGAGAUCGAAAAAUGGAGGUGAAGGACAAGAAACAAAUUUCUGAACUUUCAAGCUACUUAAGGAGAGAUUGAAAAAUGAAGUUGAACAUGAAGAAACAAAUUUCUUUACUUGCUUAGAUGUAGAUGGUUUAAUUUGUGUGGGAAUAUGCAUUGUCCUGAUAUAUCGAUUGUUUAGUGUUCUUCACUAAUUUUAGGUUUAAUGAUGUGAUGUUAAGAUGCAUGUUUCUGUCGCUCUUAAGAUGCGACUACUUAAGCCACUAGCUAUUUCCAUAGCACUUAGCAGUGGACGAAUGUGGAGUUGUCUUAAUUAACUUUA